AUGGACGCACCGGAUGCGCCACACACACCGAAGUACAUCGACGGUGGUGCGACGGCCGCUGCGCCCGGCAAAUCCGCCUUCGUCGAGCUUCAGCAGCAUGGCCAGGCGGGGUAUGGUGGCAUUCGAAGCGGUUAUCAGCAUUUCGGUGCCCAGGGCGGCCAGGACUCGGGUUUUCCGAGUCCGCGUGGUGCCCUCGGCUAUCCGUUUCCACCGAUGCACCAGAACUCCUACUCGGGGUACCAUUUAGGCAGUUACGCACCACCCUGCGCUAGUCCACCAAAAGAUGGUAAGUACUUGAACGCGUCCGCGCCGACCGCCGACGGUGACGCGCAUUUCCUGCUAGAUAAAUUAGAAGACACCGGCCUGCGAGUCAACGGCAAGGGCAAAAAGAUGCGAAAACCGCGCACCAUCUACAGCUCCCUGCAGCUCCAGCAGCUCAACCGAAGAUUUCAGCGAACGCAGUACCUAGCUCUCCCGGAGCGGGCCGAACUGGCCGCCAGCCUAGGGCUCACGCAAACGCAGGUUAAGAUUUGGUUUCAAAAUCGGCGAUCCAAGUACAAGAAGAUGAUGAAGGCAGCCCAGGCGCCAGGCGUUGGAGGAGGACUUCCGCUGGGUGGACCCAACCAGGGUGGCCACAGUCCAUCGCAGCAUCAGAACAUGCAUCAAGGGCCCGGUGGAGGCUCAAGCAGUGGUUCGCCUUCGCAUUUCCUACCUCCCGGCCACAGCCCGACACCCUCGAGUACGCCCGUCUCUGAGCUUUCACCUGGUUUGAGCCCGCCCUCGCAAGCACCCUGGGAGCAGAAGCCACCACCACACUGGGCCGACCACAAGCCACCGCAGAUGGCACCGCAAACCAAUCACGCACCUCCGCAACCGACCCACGCACCGCAGAUGGGUGGCUACGUACCUCAGUACUGGUAUCAGCCGGAAACGAACCCGUCGCUGUUAACGGUGUGGCCAGCGGUUUAACAAAGCGAGAAUGUAAAUUAUAAUUUUAACCAUCCCUAGUGCUUAAGACGGUAAGAAAUAACUCUCGUAGAUAAGCGCGUCAGCGUGGGUCGAUCCCACGUCGUCGCACAAGCCCCCUUAGAAGAAAUGCGAGCGAACGAGGACGAGUUGGAGGCGGUGAAAAAUGGGAAACAGAAAACAAAAAAUGAAAAAAUUGCGCGCGCGACAGAGAGGGAGGCAAUGAAAAUACAAAGAUGGCGCCGUACUCGGCACCUGCGGGCGCCUCCAGGGGAACCAUCCUAUUUUAAUCU